CUGGCUCCUCCCCUCGUCGCUUGGUUGCGGCGGCGCUUCCGUCCGUCGGGGCCGACAUGGCGGCGGUGGCCGCCUUCUCCUCCUCCUCCGUGCUGCGCCCGGGCUUGGCGCCGCUGAGGAGAUGGCGACCCCUCUCGCGCCCGGCACCCCGGGCCGCCUACAGCACCAGCAGCUCCCCUCGCAGCGCCGCCAGUGAUGAAGCAACCAUUAUCUCAGGAACAAAGCUUGCUAAACAAGUUUUGAAAGAAGUUCAAAGGGACGUAGAAUCGUGGAUAUCCUUUGGAAACAAGAGACCUCAUCUCACUGUCAUAUUAGUAGGAGACAAUCCAGCUAGUCAUAUCUAUGUCAGAAACAAGAUAAAAGCAGCUGCAGCUGUCGGCAUUUCUAGUGAGAUCAUACUGAGGCCUAAAGAUGUUUCUCAGGAAGAACUCUUGGAUAUGACGGUAAAACUCAACAAGGAUUCAACCGUUAGUGGUUUAUUAGUUCAGCUACCUCUCCCAGAUCACAUAGAUGAACGAACAGUUUGUAACACCAUCGCACCUGAAAAGGAUGUGGAUGGAUUUCAUAUUAUGAAUAUCGGACGUCUGUGUCUUGAUCAGCCUUCUAUAAUACCUGCCACUGCUGCUGCCGUGUGGGAAAUCAUAAAACGAACAGGAAUACAAACAUUUGGAAAAAAUGUUGUUGUAGCUGGAAGAUCUAAGAAUGUUGGAAUGCCAAUUUCAAUGCUUUUACAUACUGAUGGAGAGCAUGAAAGGCCUGGAGGUGUCUGUAAGCUUCUGGACUGCUAUUUUGAAGGUGAUGCUACAGUGACCAUUACUCACAGAUACACACCAAAAGAGCAGCUCAAGAUCCAUACGCGACUCGCUGACAUUGUAAUAGUAGCUGCAGGUAUCCCAAAGUUGAUUACAACUGAUAUGGUCAAAGAAGGUGCAGCUGUGAUUGAUGUAGGCAUCAACCAUAUCCACGAUCCUCUUACGGGAAAGACCAAAUUAGUUGGGGAUGUGGACUUUGAAGCAAUGGGGGCACUGAGUGAAGAGUCAGCGAUUACUGUUUCAUCCCUCAGCACAGACUUAUGGAAUAAUUGGACAAAAAACAACGCUGAAGUAGACUACACAGAGCAGCCCAAGCUCUUGAAGCUUAUGCAGACCUGUCUUGAAGAACACCACAGCUAUUGUAUCAAUGGGCUCUGUGCGUUCCACAGCGAACUGAGGAAACCCAUAUGCAAGUGCCUUGCGGGUUAUAAUGGAGAGAGAUGUGAACAUUUAACGCUAAAUUCAUACGCACGUAAUUCUUACGAACGCUACAUCGCUGUGGGAAUUGGUGUAGGAAUACUGACGAGCGGGAUACUUGCCAUCAUCUACUGCUACGUAAGAAAGAGAUGCAGGAAAUUGAAAUCACCCUACAAAGUCUGCAUGGGCGAGACGGCGUUGUGAGGACGUGGCGUUGGGACACUUACCAAUUUGCCUGUAAACGCGAGGAAGUUCUUCUGGGAAGGCCACCCAGCGCCAUCUGGCAGGUACCCCAGCCUUGCUGACGAGACGAAACCAAGGGAAUGACAGAGCGAGUACAUAAAAAGAACUCCUGCAGAACUGACGGGCUCUGUUCACUUUUGAAGAAAGACUUCCUCUUUUUUAGUAAAGGUCGCUGGAUGAGCAGGUCUGAACAGCUAAGGAUACUUGCAGCCCUCAAUGCUCUCCUGUGGUUGGUAUUUGCUGAGGGGAGGACUGCUGGGUUUUAGCUGUUUUCAGUCACUUCAAGCCCUGUGGAGUGUUCUGCUCUGGGCUAUUCAUUUUUUUUUUUUUUUCCCCCUUCUGUUUUCUCCUGUGGAGGAAAAGCACAACCUGUCUCACGAUGGAGUUGUGUUCUGAGCAUCACGUGAUGACAAGAAACCGUUUGGGUUCUGAUUUCAGUGUUGCUGCCUAUGUGUGCGGGUAAACAGCCCUCUUCCAACACAGCAGUUAUCUUCAGCGUGCUACGCAAAGUAUAGCCUGCUGUUGCCGUAAAGGACAAAAUCAUACAAUACUUUGGACUGAGGAAAAUGGAGGCUUGCUUAAACUUAGGAAUAGAGAGUAAGCAAUUCCUGGAAAAUUAGACCGUGACACCUCUGGCCGUGGCAAGUUCUUAGCGUUGUCAUAAGCAAAGGACUUGGACGUCUUUCUCAAAAUGGAUUAUUGAGUGUGCUCGUGACAGAGAGCUCUGCUUUUCUCUAACAUCGUAUAGCAGCUGCUCAUCAGAUUCACGAAACUUCGGGCAGAACGUUACCUUGCUGCACCAUGACUUCGGCACAAGACUUCAGUUUCUAGAGAAGCUGGAAUUGUGUUAUGAAACUUCAGUAUAGCUUUGUCCGGGAAGCAGACUCUCUUUAUUCCCUUCUCACGUUAUGUGCACAAUGUGACCACUCAAAUAAGAAAGAAAUGACCGUAGGGAUUUUGUUCAGCCCUGGACAAACAGAUUACAUGUCAGAUGCUUGUUUUUGUUCAUCUUGUUGUCUACGAAGAAUCGCAAAGGUAGAAAGACUUCGUUCAAGGAAAAAGGAAGAAAAUUGGUUCUGAAGACGGUGGUGCUAACUGUGACUUCUCACUGGCAGUUGGAGUAUUUGCCAGUGCUGAUGAGACUGGAGAUGGCUCUAAGAGAUUGUCAUUUCAGCUGUUGCACAUUGUACACGCAUCUGCUGUGCUUAGUCAUCCACGAGGAAAAGGUAGUUAGGUACUCUGUGAUUUUUAUGGGAUGAUAUAGGCUCCCGAAUUUAGGUGCCCUGCUAGAAAGCUCAAUUUCUUUGUUAUGUGAGUCAGUUUUCACAAAAGGAUGCGUGUCGUGUGUUUAAAAAACGCUGUGUAUUUGUGCGACUACAAUGGUAGUGCUGAAAUGUGUAUGAAAGAUGGUUUUGAAAGGGUAAAUGUACAUUUGGCACUCAAGUGGUCUGAAGUUCAGUGGGCUUCUCGCCCGGGGGGAUCCCGGUCAGUAGCUGAGUCAUCUUGGCUGUCAAUUUGAUACCAAUAAAUAAAAC